ACUCCAUUAUGUUCUCAUCAUUUCAGCAGACUACAUUCCAGUUUCAUAUUGUUUUCCGAUGACUUGGUAAACAUCUUCUUAUUUCCAAACCUUUUCUCCAACUUCACUCGUCACCGUUUCUCAUUUCACUGCACCAUUCUUCAUUACCACCAAUUCACCCAAGUAGCACAAUAGAUAGAGAAGCUUCAUCAUCAACCUCUGGACGUACUGAAAGAAGAGAUACACUCUACAAUUCACCAAAGGAGCAGAAGGGAUACAGAGCCCACCAAUUCACCAAAGAGGCAGAAGAUAUAGAGAGCCCGAAAUCAUUUGAAGCAAACUUGUUUUGUCUGCUACCAAUUUCUGUAUAUUCUGUGCGACAACAACGAACUUUGAGCACAGAGUCUACAUCAAAAGGAGUCGACAGGCAGUGAAGCUUCAUCCAGUACUGGACUGACUACUAAGUACUAAGCCCGAUAUCAUUUGACCGUUUUACACCAAGCCCUCCUAGUUCCUAGCAUCAUUCUUCGAUAUCACCACAAAAGGAGUAGAGAGGGAGAGAAGCUUCAUCCAGUGCUGGACUGACGACGAUAAGUACCAAGCCCGAUACCGUUUGACCGUCUUUGUCUCUCGUUGUUUUCAUUGUGCAAGUUUCUUUCAUUUUAUCUUCACCUGGAGAUAUGGCCGCUGCCUUAGUGGGAGGCUCACUCCUCUCUGCUUUCCUUCAAGUGCUAUUUGAUAGGAUGGCUAGGCCCGAAUUCCUGAAUUUGUUUCGUAAUCGGAAGGCCGAUGAUGAUCUCCUCCAAAAGCUCAAGAGUGAGUUCCUCACUAUUGAAGCCGUGCUUGAUGAUGCAGAGAACAAGGAAAUACGGAACCCAUCUGUCAAGAAAUGGCUUGAAGAGCUUCAUGAUACAUUUUAUCAAGCAGAGGAUUUACUGGACAAAAUCAACACUGAAGCUCUGCGAAUUAAGGUAGAAAGUGAGUACCAAAGGUCAACCAGCAAUUGGAGAAGUGCCUUAAGAAGAUUAUGCCUUGAAAGGAUUCUGCCUUGUAGAUCUUCAGGUAAUAAAUUCCUUAAGAGGAUUAUGCCUGAGAUUGAAACGAUAGUGGCGAGCCUAGAGAGACGUAGGCAACAAAGUACUGACUUGCAUUUGCAACAAAUUAUUCCCUUGGGUCAUUCCAGAAUAGAGUCGCAUCAAAAAUUUGAUACAGCUUUGAUUGAUGAGACUACUAUUUUUGGGAGAGGUGCUGAUAAAAAGAGCAUAAUUCAAAAGUUGCUGUCUGAGGAUGCAAAUGGAGACAAUAUCACCGUGGUUCCAAUAGUUGGAAUGGGUGGGCUUGGCAAGACCACCUUGGCCCAAAUGGUUUACGAAGAUUUGGGGGUGGAAGUGAGUUUUCCUACCAGGGCAUUGGUCUGCAUAUCAGAAGAAUAUGAUCCUACUAGGAUAACAAAAGAAAUCCUAAGGCAGCUCGGUAUUUCUUUUGGUGAGAGUGAUAACUUGCUCUCCCUUCAAGUGAAGCUACGAGGUGGCCUAACUGAGAAAAAGUUCCUUCUUGUUCUGGAUGAUGUUUGGAAUGAUAACUACAAUGACUGGGACAAUUUAAGGACCCCUUUCAAAGGUGGAUCACGUGGAAGUAAGAUCAUUGUUACAACACGGAAUCAGCAAGUUGCAAGGAUGAUGGCCGAAGAAAGGUCAAUUCAUCAUUUGGAUCCCAUGCUAGAGGAAGAUUGCCGGUCUUUAUUUAAGAAGCAUGCAUUUGAAAAUAGAGAUGGCAAUGAAAAUGCAGAACUUGAAGAAAUAGGAAACAAAAUUGUGACGAAAUGUCGAGGGUUGCCUUUGGCUGUGAAAACAGUUGCAGGUGUUUUGCGUUCCAAAACUACCCCCGAAGAAUGGAAAGAAAUUUUAGUAAGUGAAGAGUGGACUCAAAUGGAUAAUCCAAAUGGCCCCCUGCCAGCAUUGAGAUUAAGCUACAUUCAUCUUCCUUCCCAUCUUAAAAGGUGCUUUGCUUUUUGUGCUGUGUUCCCCAAAGAUUACCUGAUUAGAAAAGAGGAAAUUAUUCAGUUAUGGCAAGCUAAUGAUCUUUUAGGGUAUCCUGGAGAAAAUAAAAGAAUUAAGAAUGAGGGUGAAAAGUGCUUUCAUGAACUGAGAAUGAGGUCACUAUUUCAUCAGUUAUCUGACCAUACUUUCUCCAUGCAUGACCUUGUGAACGAUUUGGCUUGGUUUGUUUUUGGGAAAUAUUGCCUUAGGUUGGAAGAUCAUCAGGAAGGCAAUGCUACAAUAUCUGGUGCAAGACAUUUUUCAUACCAUCCUAGUUGGAUUGACACAUUUCAUAAGCUUAAUCUCUUGAGGGAGACUAAGAAUAUAAGAACAUUCUUACCAUUGAGAACGGGUCCUCCUUUGAAUCGUCUAAGCAACAGAUUCUUAGAGGAUACCUUGCCCCAAUUCAUGUCUUUAAGGUUUCUAUCGUUGUCCUGUUAUCAGAAUAUUGUGAAGUUACCAAACUCUUAUAGUGGCUUCAAACAACUUCGAUUUCUGAAUCUCUCUGAAACAGGAAUAAAGGAGCUACCAGAGUGGAUAUGUAGUUUCUAUAAUCUACAAACUUUGUUGUUGUCACACUGUAGAGGACUUAAAGAGUUGCCAGCAAAUUUGGGAAAGUUAAUUAACUUGUGUUGCCUGGAUAUUAGCGGAACUCCGUUGAAGAAAAUGCCACCACAAAUGGGUAGACUGAUAAACCUUCAAGUCUUGACUGCUUUUGUCAUAGGCAAGGACAGCGGUUCAAUGAUUGAGGAGUUGGGCAAGCUUUCUAUGCUACGUGGUAAGCUAAUCCUUUCGGGGCUGGAAAUGUUUCUAGUGGCAGGGAUGCAUCCAUGGCCAAGAUGGAAGGUAAGGAACACCUUGACGAGUUAUCUUUGGAGUGGAACGGUGCUAUCAAUGAUUCACAAGCUAUGAGAGAUGUGCUUGAUAAAUUGCGACCGCAUCCAAGGAUAAAGCAUCUUAAGAUCAUAGGAUAUGGUGGGAGAACAUUUCCAGAUUGGAUAGGCAACCCUUCACUUUGCCGUUUGAAAUCUUUGAGUCUAUCUAAUUGCAAAUAUUGUCUUUCCUUGCCUGCACUUGGGCAGCUAAGGUUCUUGCAAUCACUUGAAAUUGUUGGAAUGAGUUGUAUAUCAGACUUGACACAAGAUUUUUAUGGAGAUGUCAGUGCAACCAAACCAUUCCCAUCUCUGAAAAAGUUGAGAAUCGAGAAGCUGCCUGAGUGGGAGAGAUGGCACGUACCAGAAGGUGAAGUCUUCAAUAGACUUGAAGAACUCAGUAUAAUUGGUUGUCCCAAACUGAUUGGAGAACUUCCCCGACAACUUGCAUCGCUGCAAAGCCUUAAGAUAUCUGGCUGCGGCAAUCUUGUGCGUCCCAAUGGUCAAUUGAGCAUCCUGAAUGGAGAGAAUCAACAAAAUUUUUCAUCUCUUCGUCAAUUGAAGAUUUCAGAGCUAGAAAAUUUGAAAGAGUUGCCCCUACAGUUCAACCAAUUAUCCAGGCUUGAGGAAUUGAAUAUUUCAGCGCUAAAAAAUUUGGAAGAGUUGCACCUACAGUCCAACCAAUUAUCCCGACUUAAGGAACUGACGAUUCGUGAUUGUGGGUCUCUCUCACCCUCGCACGUGAGUAGACCACCUGCCUCACUUAAAUCACUUCAGUACGACGGACGCUGCAAUUUGGAAUUGGAGAGUUCAAGCGGGGAGGGUGGUGGGGCCUUGGAGGACUUGACAUUACUAAAUUGUGACUCUGUCAAAGUCAAAGUCGAGUGGCUUGCCUCGUUUCCCAUGCUAAGAUAUGUUCAAAUUUUUAACUGCAGGAGUGUUGAGAUGCUCUCAGUUCCUACUGCACCUGCACUUGGGAUUGGGAAUCAGAGUGGCAUGACAACUACUACUACUACUACUACUAGUACUAGUAGUGUGAUGACGUCACUUCAAUCCUUGUACUUCUCGGGCUGCGAUGAUCUAAUAUUGUCUUUUCCAGCCUCCAGUCUAACGUCGCUUGGUAUCUACCAUUGCAAGAAGCUCACGUCGCUGCCGCAACGGAUGGAAUCCCUCCUUCCAUCUCUUCGAUCUCUGUGUCUAAGAAAUUGUCCAGAAAUUGAGUGCUUCCCGGAAGGGGGUUUGCCCUCCACCCUACAAUUUCUUCAAAUCGAAAAUUGCAAGAAGCUCAUGAGUCGCAGGACAGAGUGGGGUUUGGAGAAACUUCCCUUUCUCACGGGUUUGAGCAUUGAGAGUCCCUGUGAUGAAGUAGAGUCGUUUCCAGAGGAGGACUGGCUGUUGCCUUGCACGCUUCAAUCUCUCUCCUUGUCCUCCCUUGAGAAUCUAAAAGUGCUAAACUAUUCAGCUCUUCGACACCUCACCUCUCUUCAAACUCUACGCUUCACUGAUUGCCCUCGACUCCAGUCCCUACCGGAAGAGGGACUGCCCGCCUCCCUCACCGAACUAUAUAUCUGGCGCUGCCCACUGCUGAAGCCAAGGUUAGAAUGGGAGAAAGGACAAGACUGGCCCAAGGUUGCCCACAUCCCCUGCCUGCUAGUCGAUGGUGACCUAGUUCCUUGAUGAUGACGCCGGUUACUCCUGAGGGCUCCCACAGUUACAAGAUCCUCAUCAUCAUCUAUUCAUAUAAUUAAAGUGCGAAUUGCCUGUUGUGAAUAACUAGGAUGUGCUGAAAGGACAGUUGAGAUUCCAAUCAAGUAAGGCCACCAACUCAAGCAGACAAAUGCUUUCCUCGUUAAAGAAAACCUUCAAUGUUCUAUAAGUCCAGGUGAUGCACCUUUCUUAGUAUUCUAAGGACCAUCAUUGCUCUCAUCUUCAGCCAUUGAAGAAUUGGGGCUGGUGACCUCCCUUUUUAUGCUAGAAAUCAAGAACUACUAAUUGCUGACAAUACAUUUGGAGUACAGAAAAGAAGAAGAUUGGCACAAGGUUGUCUUAUUACUGGAUGAAAAGUGAUGCUUCAAUAUCUUGACUCUUGGAGAACUUGGUUAGUUGAUCUUGGGUCCUAUAGAUGUCAACAGUUGUUUCAUAUCCAGAGUUGGCUGGCUUCUUUUGAGCUUAAGCUGAGAGGAUACCUGGUAAGAGCCAUAUUAUCACCGUCAUAUGUUUUCAGUCAUUGAUACCUUACUACUUAGCAGGAUGUUUUAUGUCAUUUGAAUUUCCUGUGUAUUCCAUAUCAUAUGAAGUUCAGUAAAAUCUUCAAGUCGCAUUAGUUAUGUUCAGUUAUCUGCUUCUUUGUUGCUCUUUUCACCGAGCUUUCUUCAAAAUAUUCAUUUAAUUUUAUAUAUCAUAAGACAUGUUAAACAAGACCAAAAAGUUGAAACAGGAAGAAAUUGUGGAAAUGAAUGGAGGAAAUGAUAAAUUGAAGGGAUAUGGCACAGCCUAACAGCUUCUUUGUCUCAAACACAAAUUGUCAUGGGUUUCAGUAAUGUCAUCCUUUGCUUAUUCGUCUUGGAAGGCAUAUUUCCUUUUUUGAGUACUUUGUUUAUGCAAGAUGUAUUGGGGGUACCAAAAAAAAUCCUUUUCUUUAUGGUUUUAUCUCUGUCAUAAAGAUUGUUCUUAGAUUAAAAUGUUGCAUACCACUAAGGUUAUCAAUUCCUGUAUGUCCUUCACUCUUUUUGUGAAUAAAUAUGCUAUGCAGAAUAUCUAUCCGGACAUUUUUCCAAGUUAAUACUUCCAUUAGCUUGUACUCCUACUCCUAUGUUAAACUAUUGCAGUGUUUCCUUUUGCAUCUUCCACUUCUAGUAAGAUGUUGGUUUCCUUCAAAUAUUUUUGGCUUCCUCAGUUUUUCAUUAUCCCUUGCAUUAAGGUAAUGUUUCUUCCUAUAGACUUGACAUGGCCCUUUCUGAAUAUAGUCCAGACUUGUGUGCUUUUUGUUGGUUGCAAUGGUAUUUUACCCCUUUUGACUUGGUAGCAUUAGGCAUGUAAAAGGCACCAUUGCUAGAUAUUUAUUUGUGUCUAAUCGUAAAUAGAUGAAGAGUUCAUAAAAUUAAUACGGAGAGAGAGUAGAAAGGGGUGCAAAAACAAAAUGAGCCCAAAAUCAGUGAUGGAUAUUUGUGUUGAUGACAGUUAUGACUAUAUUUCAUUCUUAUCUACACCUUGCAUUCGUGUGAUUGCUGUGUAAAUUUUCAACUUUCCAAGAUCCUUCUACACAAAGAGGGUAUAAACAUCAUAUGAGUAACUUUUUGAAACUAACUAUCAACAAUUCUUAUACUAAUAAUUGAUUGAGAGUUCCAAAACAUAGAACUUCAGGUCACUUGUUUUAAUAAUAAACAUAAAGGAAGCAUACAUACUGAAGAAUCAAAUUUUCUGAAAAGGAAAAGACAACUAAUUUGAAGUGGUUUCUGCUAUCUCUUCCCCUUGUAUGCUUUUCCUCAUGGAGUACCAUUGACAGCAUUCUAUCUUUGGUAUAAAUUGUUUAGUUCUGUAUUUGCUGCACAAUCCAUCUCUAAUACUCUGCUCCACUGCUACAAAUAUUUUCAUAUUUACCCCAUGCACCGAGAUAUUCUAGGUAUGUUGCACUUUGCGUUCAUUGUAAAUAUUUUCAUAUAUUCUUGUAGACCUUUGAUAAAUUGGAAUGCAUUCCUGUAAUUCAAGCACUGUUCUUGAAACAACUGGUACUUAAAAGAGGUCAUUCCAUGAACAGCAAGUGCGGGAUCACCUGCAGUUGCCUUUCCUGCUCCUCCUCUUUCCACUUUCUCCAUAGGAAAUGGACAAAAAUUUGAAAGGCAAAUCAUUGUUAUGUUUGAUAAUUCUUUGCAGAAUUGGGGCUAUGAUUAUUUUGUGCCUCUUUUCAGAAGUACGUAUUGCAAGGAGUUCAAUUUGCUGCUUGCAAAGAUGCAAUCCUUCCUCGCGCAUUAAUGUUCAAAAAUGUGGGAGCAUCCUGUGGCUGAGAGCAUUUUAGCUCGAUGUUGCCUCUAGACUGCAACCAUACCCUUUUGAUGGUGGAUAUCCAGAGUUUCCCCUCUCGCUGAGAAUCCAAGAUUAGUGGCACCGAUGAAGAAGAGUCGCUUCCAUGAUACUGGCUGCUGUCUUGCACGUUGCACCCUUACAAUCUCUCACUUGGAGCAGCAUAAGAGCUGAAGAACAAUGACCUACAAGCGUCUUCAACACUUAACCAUUUUGAAGAUAUGGAAAUAGCUGACUGCUUUCAGCUCUAGUCGCUGCAAAAAGAGUGGUUGGCAACUUCCCGGCUUCCCUUAUGCAUGAAAAAUGUGGUAUUCAUUGCUCAAAUUACUAUACAAGGGCAGAAUGGGAGGGGAAAGAUUGGCCUCAGGGUUUCUGAUGUAAACUGCAUAGCUUUCAAUAGUGAACUAAAUAGAAUAUUGCUUAGAACUUGAUUGAGCUUGACCUCAGGGGCCUCUAUCAGAUUCAUUUUCUUCGAAUGCUCCGAUGCCUCAAAUCACAGGAGAAUCAUUUCCUGUGCAUACCAUCCCACCUUUCUGCUGAAAAUCUCCUCAACUUGUUCUUUAGUUCUUGUUUCUCUUUCGGGAUUUUUCUCUGUUCAUGGCCAACCUUGCAGAACAUCUAAUUGUCUACUCCAACGAUGUUAUUGAAAAAGUGCAAGCCACAUCUUAGUUCUUGCCUUGCAUUUGCAAAAUCGGGAGUUUUUCAACUUUUGAGAUUAAUUUCUUCUUCCUUUUUGGU